CCAUGAUAGAUCUGACCACGGACGCAAGGAAUCUAUUUGGCAGUGAUAUGAUGAGAUUGUGUUUGCGACUGACAGAUCUGAGACCAUGUUAACUUUACCCCGCUUAUGUAAUAUCAGGUUAUGAUGUUGGUCACCCAUGCAGGUCCCAAGGACAUACAUAACAAUAGCCCCGCCCUGCGUAUUAUGUAUUUAACGCGACCCUCGCAUCCUCGCAGCGCUUCGUUCAUCUCCCAUGGCACACAAGCACAUUUUUUCACCCCGGCCUUUCCCCCCACCAGCCCUCGCUGAUGUUCCCCUCGAGUACAUCAUCGACCAAUUACACACCCUUGCUCCCCGCUACUGGAACAGACCAGAGACUGCCGAUUGCAUCUUAAUUGUGCCCACGCGUAAUCACCUUCCACCGCCUGCAUCUCCCUCCGCAACCUCUAAUACCACUCCACAUCUCACUCUCCAUCUACACAUUGACUACUUGUCUGCCAAAUCUUCUUUGCUCAAGGGGUUGUUCAGCGGUGUCUCUCCUCUUGAGCGUUCCCAGUCCAUGCAGUCGUCAUAUGUUCUCCACGGAUCGUCAUCGCCAGUACCUUCCGAAAAACCAGUGCCCCGUCUCCUGGACUCUCGUUCAUCUCAUCCCGUUCUCUUACUCCCCGUGCCUGACCCCCGCUCGAUACACCUUCUCAUCCACUGGAUCUACUUCGGAAAAACCGACCACAUCGAAGCCUGUCUAAAAGGGGGCACCGUUAACUGGGAGGGUCUCGCCCGCAAUGCGGAGUACCUUGAACUAUCAACAGAUAUCAAGGUAUUUCUGGGACGGUGGUACAGCAAUUGGCUCUUGCCCGCACGCGAUCAACUCGAACGUUGUCGGCACCGACCUGAGGAUGAUAGCGAUGACGAUUCGGAUAUUGCGCUCGGGUAUGGGGAGAACGAAGUCGAGGAGACCUCUGACGAUGUCGCGUGCUCUGGCUCGAACUCUCGUACUCCAGAUGUUACCGCCGCCGAGCGUGGUCGUUCGCGGAUUGUCCGCCCUCUCACCAGAUUGCCUGAGAAUUUGAAAGUAUACGCUGCUGCAUAGCAUAACUUCGAAGAUCUGACAGCCUACCGUAUUGUGUUGAACGUUGACAUACCGAUACUCACAGCAUGCAUGUAAGAUGACCGUUUAAUCCCCAAGUGUACAUCACUAUCAGUACUCGUACGGUAGACCGUACAUACCUAAUUGCCUGCAGUCAUCCAGUCUUAUUGUUUUCGACUCCUACUAAGAUGGU